AUGUCCUCGUCUGGCAAGCGAUCCUUCCACUCGUCCGCGUCUUCAUCUGCAUCUGCCAAGGAUCCGUACAAUGUCCUGGGAGUCAAGAAGGACUCGAGCGCAUCUGAUAUCAAAAAAGCUUACUACCAAUUGGCUAAGAAAUGGCAUCCCGAUUCGAGCAAAGAACCUGGUGCGAAUGAAAAGUUCGUAGAAAUUCAACAGGCAUACGACAUUCUCUCCGACGAGACCAAGCGACAAGCCUACGAUCGAUAUGGUGAAGCCUCUACUCAAGAAGGAUUCGACCCGAACGCCUUUGCAGGAGGAGCAGGUGGAUUUGGAGGUUUCCAAGAUUUUGGAUCUGCUUUCGGUGGACGUCCCGGAUCUGCUGGAGACUUGUUUGAAUCUCUAUUCGGAGGCGCUUUCGGUGGAGGAGGUCCCGGUGGACCUUUCAGCGCUGGAGGUCGAGGUCGCCCUAUGCGUGGCGAUCCGAUCGAAGUGGCCGUUCAGAUCAGUUUCUUGGAAGCUUGCAAUGGAGCGUCGAGAAAGCUGAACAUUACCCCGGUGGUCGAUUGCCAUACAUGUUCUGGAAGUGGAUUGAAAACUGGUCAAAAGCGAACUCAAUGUACGACCUGUCGUGGAACUGGCAGUCAGACCUUCCAGGUCCAAGGCAUGUUCAUGUCAACUACAUGUCAGACGUGUGGAGGUGAAGGAUCGAGCAUACCGCGGAACGCCAGAUGUGGAGAUUGUGAAGGUGUGGGUCGAGUCAAGGAGAAGAAGGAAGUCGUGGUGGACAUUCCAGCCGGUAUCGAAGAUGGAAUGAAGAUCCAGAUACCAGGUAUGGGGGAUAUGCCACUGUCCGCAUCGGCGGGGGGAUCAAGGGGAGAUUUGAACGUCCGCGUCAAUGUCAAGGCUUCUCCGAUCUUCCGACGACAGGGCACAAACCUAUACCACGAUGCCAAGGUACCUCUGCAUGUGGCCAUGCUCGGUGGACGGGUGCGUAUACCUACAUUGGAAGGCGAUGUCGAAGUCAAAGUCAGGGAAGGGACCCAGAACGGAGAAGAAGCAGUGAUGAAGGGAAGAGGAGUCAAGAGCUUAGUUGGAGGCAGAUUGGACAGGGAGCGAAGGGGAGAUUUGAUCAUCUCGUGGCGGGUGCAAAUACCUAGGUCCCUUACGACAUUCCAACGCAAGAUACUGCAAGCGUACGCGGACGAUGUUUCGGGUCUGACUCCGAAUAUCUCAUUCGAUGUGCCUCCGCCCUCGACACCGGAGCAGCCUUUGCGAGGCACAACGACAAAUGGUAUGCCUUCAUCUCAACAGCAUUCUUCCACUUCAUCUUACCGUCCGUCUUCUUCUUCCUCUUCCUCCUCCUCCUCCCCUUCGUCCAGCUCUAAGCCUAGCUCUACCUCUGAGGCCGAUCUGCAAUGGCCUGAUCAUACGUCUGAUAAGCACGAUGACAGCCUAGCGGGCAAGGCGGCCUCCGCUAUUGGGGGAGCCUUGGGCUGGGUGGAUCGACUUCUGGGCGGAGGUAGUGGGAGGAAAAAGUAG